AUGUCGGCUCCGCCUCCUAACUAUUAUGCGAUCCUGGAAGUAGCCGAAAAUGCGCCUCUGGAUCGGAUCAGAGAGGCAUACAAGAGAGCUGCACUCAAGACACAUCCCGAUCGCGUCCCCGACGGCUCGCCUGACCGGCAAGAGCGCACUCGCAAGUUCCAGCUCGUCAACGACGCCUACUACACGCUCUCCGACCCGACCCGCCGCCGCGAGUACGAUGCGCAGCGCAAAAUGUUCAACCGCGCGCCGUCGAGCGACCCCUUUGCCGAGGCCGACGACGACGCGCCGCCCGAGUACUCAGCCGGCGGCGGCACCAGCCCGUACUCGUGGGCGUGGAAUUUCUUCACCAAGGGCAAUGCCAGCGGGGCGGAGCGCGAGCAGACGGAGAAUGCCCAGUUUCGGGAUGUGUUUGAGGAGAUGAUGCGCGAGCAGGGCAUGGCCGAGGACGGGACGAACCGCCCGACCAACAAGUUUUGGAGCAUCGUCGGCGGCCUUAGUGGUGGCGCGCUCGGCUUCAUCGUCGCGAAUGUGCCUGGUCUGGUGGCGGGCGCCGUGGCAGGCAAUAGGCUCGGCGCGGUGCGGGAUGCCAAGGGGAAGAGUGUGUUUGCCGUGUUCCAGGAACUUCCGCAAGACGACCGAACUCGGCUGCUCAGCCAGCUUGCAGCAAAGGUGUUUAGCCAUGCGACUGGUAUAUAA